AUGGUGUGCUACAGCAACAAGCAAGUAAUUCUCACUGACAUUGUCUGCACUCUCAAGCUCUCUAUACCUGCAGAGGUCAUCCAAAACACUGACAGAGUGCAGCACUCCUGCAGCACUGACAUCAACAACUUGGACGAUGAUGGCGACCCAAUUCUGCUCUCACGACACCUUGUCUGCUUGUACACUUUCAUAUGCAAGCAAAGGUACACAAUCACACAUUGCACUCCUCUUGGCUGUGCUGAUAAGCUUAUCCACCUUCUCAACAGGUAUGAAUCAAGCAAUCAUAGGAUGUAUCAUGGACUUGUUCAUAUGUCACCUGAAGCAUUCAACAAUCUCGCCAUCCGACUCCAGCAAACAGAGGCUUUCUGGUGGAACUACAGCAGCUCAGGUGUGAUGUCUCUCAACAAAGUGCAAGAGAUUCUUUCAGUGGCUCUGUACAGACUUGGCCAUUCUGGAAAUGGAGGUGGUGAACAUGAUGCUGCUUUGCAAUGUGGUUGUGGUGUUGGGAGCAUUGUUGGAUACACCAAUCACACAGUUGCUGGCCUCCUCGAGCUAAACAAUGAGGUCAUGCAGUUUGCUUCAGAGGGAGAGAGACAACAUGCUUCUGCCUGGGUGCACAAUACAACUGGGGUUGAAGAGUGGGGUAAGGGCUGGCUUGUGGUGGAUGGCACACACAUCCCUCUUGCCUGGAAGCCAGGAGUGCUCAGUCAAGAGCACUUCUGCUACAAAGGCUUCCCCAGCAUCAAUGUAGCACUGGUGAUCCUGCCACACUCACUUCGGAUUGUCAAAUCAGUUGUUGGACAGCCUGGCAGUGUUCAGGAUUCGAAGGUUUGGGCCUCAGGCAGCAACAUCCUGAAGAAGCCUCACCUGUACCUUGAUGAAGGCUAUUGUGGUAACAUCUACCAUUUCAAGGACCACAUCACUGCUGCCGAGAUGAUCCAAGCCUGCAUUGUUGCCCACACCUUUGCAAGUCAAUAUGACCGUCCUGCUGAUAUUGCCAACCUGCUGUUGCCCUCUUUCUCUGAGGAUGAGGUGCUGUUCAGAUCCACUGGGUGCAAUGAGGAAGACACUACUGCAUUGUCUCGACGUCAUGAGAGGACUACUGUGGACUACAUUGCCAUGACUCAAAGUGCAUCAGCUCAGAGACAGGAGCAAGUCUUGACACAACCAUUCUCGAUCUGA